AUGUCAUCGUCGUCCACUGUCGCUGCCACCGGCGGUGAUGGCGCCAACGGCAGCAUCGCCACCUGCACCAACAGCAACAGCAACAGCAAGAUGUCGCCGCAACAGCCGGCGCCGAGCGGCAGCGCCUGCGCCAAUGAAGCCGCCCGCCGUCCGCCGUGUAAGAACACGCGGGGCUGGCGCAAGAUUGUGCGCAACUUUACGCCCUCGUGGUUCGCCGUCAACAUGGGCACCGGCAUUGUAUCCAUCCUCCUCCACAACCUGCCCUACAACGCCCAGUGGCUGCAGUACAUCUCCUACGCCAUCUUCGCCCUCAACGUCGUCCUCUUCACCACCUUCCUCGCCAUAAGCAUACUCCGCUACACGCUCUACCCGGAGAUUUGGACAGCCAUGAUUGACCACCCGGGGCAGUCCCUCUUUCUCGGCUGCUUCCCCAUGGGCUUUGCCACCAUUAUCAACAUGAUGAUCUUUGCCUGCGGCCACUGGGGCAGCGGCCUCAUCCACCUCGCCUGGGCCUUCUGGUGGCUCGACGCGCUCCUCUCCAUGGCCACCUGCAUCUCCAUGCCCUUCAUCGUCAUGCACUGGCACCGCCCCGGCCUCGAGCACACCACCGCCGCGCUGCUCCUCCCCAUCGUGCCCACCAUCGUGGCCGCCGCGACCGGCGGUAUCGUCGCCGAGGCGCUGCCCUCCCCGGACCGCGCCCUCACCACGCUCGUCGCCUCGUACGUGCUCUGGGGCAUCGGCGAGGCGCUCUCCGCCUGCGUCCUCGCCCUCUACUUCCACCGCCUCACCGUCCACGACCUGCCCCCGCGCGAGGUCAUCGUCUCCGUCUUCCUGCCCGUCGGCCCGCUCGGCCAGGGCGGCUUCGGCAUCCAGCAGCUCGGCCGCGUCGCCCUCGCCCGCCUGCCCCAGACGACCGCCUUCUCCAUCGGCCUCGACCCCGCGCGCGCCGCGGAGGUCCUCUACGUCCUCGGCGUCUUCCUGGCACUCGUCAUGUGGGGGUUCGCCCUGCUCUGGGUCUGCUUCGCGCUCAUCAGCCUCGCCACCACAGCGCACUUCCCCUUCAACAUGGGCUGGUGGGGGUUCACCUUCCCGCUCGGCGUCUGGGGCACCUGUACGGCCGCGCUCGCGAUGAACCUCGACAGCGACUUCUUCAAGAUUGCGACCAUGAUUAUUUCGCUCACGGUGCUGUUGCUGUGGCUCAUGGUUGGCGCCCGCACGCUGCAGCUCGCAAUCAGCGGCGACAUGUUUGUCGCGCCCUGCCUCAAGACGCUGCGAGAGAAGGACGCGGCGCCCGCGAGCCAGACGGAGACUGAAAACUGA